CUGCCGCCACUACCGCCGCCGAUUCCGGAGACGGGGUAGCUGCCGCCGCCGCCGCAACUGCAGCCCCUGCAGCCACCGCCGCCGCCGCCACCGCCGCCGCCUGAGGAGUAGGGCUUGGGAAGGAAGCGGUCGCCGUCGUCAGAGCUUCGUUGGACGCGCCUUCUCCCGCUGUAGCCCUCCCACGGGAAAGACCAUGGACAAAAGUGAGCUGGUACAGAAAGCCAAACUCGCUGAACAGGCUGAGCGCUAUGAUGAUAUGGCUGCAGCCAUGAAGGCAGUCACAGAACAGGGGCAUGAACUCUCCAAUGAAGAGAGAAAUCUGCUCUCUGUUGCCUAUAAGAAUGUGGUAGGUGCCCGCCGCUCCUCCUGGCGUGUCAUCUCCAGCAUUGAGCAGAAAACAGAGAGGAAUGAAAAGAAGCAACAGAUGGGCAAAGAGUACCGGGAGAAGAUAGAGGCAGAACUGCAGGACAUCUGCAAUGACGUUCUGGAGCUGUUGGACAAAUAUCUUAUUCCUAAUGCUACACAACCAGAAAGUAAGGUAUUCUACUUGAAAAUGAAAGGAGAUUAUUUUAGGUAUCUUUCUGAGGUGGCAUCUGGAGAUAAUAAACAAACCACUGUGUCGAACUCCCAGCAGGCUUACCAGGAAGCGUUUGAAAUUAGUAAGAAAGAAAUGCAGCCUACACACCCAAUUCGACUUGGCCUAGCACUGAAUUUCUCAGUCUUCUACUAUGAGAUUCUAAACUCUCCUGAAAAGGCCUGCAGCCUGGCAAAGACGGCAUUUGAUGAAGCAAUUGCUGAAUUGGAUACACUGAAUGAAGAGUCUUACAAAGACAGCACCCUGAUCAUGCAGUUACUUAGGGACAAUCUCACUCUGUGGACAUCGGAAAACCAGGGAGAUGAAGGAGAUGCUGGGGAGGGAGAAAACUAAUCUCCUUUGUGCUUUGUGAUCUGCUCGGUGUCACUCUGUACCCUUCAUAUAUAUCUCUUUGUGUGAUAAAAAAAAAUAUAUAUAUAUAUAUUGUAUGUCGACUUUCGAUUUUUCACAGCCUAAGCCUAGCAAAAAUGGUCCAUGGGAUAAAUAGUUGGUAUUUGUAUCUAAAACUCAGAUUGGUCACAUAAAUGCCACGGCAUUCUGAAGUUUUGAUUUCAGUUAACAUUGAUGGGAUUACUGUAUGUUUAAUUUUUUAAAACUGAACACUGUGAUUACAGGGUUUUGUAAUUUAACAGAACUCUUACUGGUAUAAAAAAAAUAGACCCGAAUUAUGCGUAAUUUUUUGGAAAGUUUAACCUGAUAUCACAAUAGUCACUGAAAUAUUCUGUUGUAAAGUUGUACAGAAAGUUACAGAGAAUAUAUUGUGGUGCUGGAACUUGGAAGGAGAUACCAUUGGCAUUGAGUUUAAUGGUUUUCACAGUAAUUCUGCCUGUGGUUCGGCACUUACCAACACUUAACCAGUUUGAGCUGUUGCCACUCAAAGUUCAUGACCACAAAUGUCUACAGUGUCUUCCUUUAAGAAAAUUCAAAGCCUGAAACUGAAAUUCUUUGUGGCAGGUAACUGGGCUGUUACACUGUGGAAAAGUCCCAUGCUCCUAUAACAUGUGACUAUAAGCCCCCUUUUCUCCAGCAGUAUGUUACUGAUUUACAACCUGUGAAAACAGAGGAAUCUAUUUUCCUUAUUACCACUUAGCUAAAGAGGGGAGGGGGAAGCCGUGUGUUGUAUGAAUGGCCUUAUCUGUUUCCUGGGUAAUACCUUUAAGAAUUAUGUUGAGUUGAGAUAGUCUCUUACUUGAAGAGUACUCAGUCUUUGAGGUCUUCCUAGCUUGGGGUAUUUAAAUUUUGAAAUUUGGCAUUUUUCCCUGGCCUUUUUGAUAAUUGACUCUGGUUUUCUCUUCCCUCUUUAAAUUGAUGUCCUUUUACAUCCUUACAUUUUUUUUCUUUGGAAGCCUCUCUUUAUCCUUGGUUAACUUUUUAUACUGUAUGGGCAGGGGGUGAGAAAUGAUGAACACAUUGGUGAGCAAGCCGUGCUUCAAAGAGUUGGAAAGAGUUUCCAGCACCAUUGCCCUGUCUUCCUUCAGUUCUCAGCCCAGGUGUUGCUCUCCAUUCAGUCAUACCAUGAUCUGAAUCAAAAAAGUAUUUUUAAGUAGCCAUGAUUUCUCCCUGUAUUGCAGCCAGCCCCGAUACUGCUUGUUAGUGUGUCACCAGAUCUCCUAGCACUACAGUGGAGAGAAUAGUCAAGCCUAUCAGUCUCACAGUAUCGCCCCUCAACCUUUUGACAUUCCAUGUAGUUGUAGAGUCCAUCUGUUUGUCCAUCUGCUGAAACGAGAAAAAAAAAAGUUCAUGCACUGAUUUAAAACAAACCACAAAAACAAAAAAGAUCCUUUCUAGCUGAACAAAAAUGUGCAGUUAAUACUUGGCGCUUGAAAAUGCAGUAGUGAAUGUGGAACCAAGCCUGUCUGUAUAUCUGGUAGCUCUCUGCUUUGUUUUUCCUUACCAGUAUUCUGCCUAAUGUUUGCUUCUGUGAUGGUUAUAUUGCCUAGCAAGCACACCCGUGGUUGUGAAAAUAGUAUAGCAAAAAAAGAAAAAUCCCCGGUUAUUGAUGUACUAGAUUUGUGUAUGUCUUUUAAACAGUUCUCGUUUCACCUUAUACGGAAUAAUCAGGAAAAGUGUAAAAAUUCAAAAGUGAAAUAAAAAAAUUUAUCAGGUAGUUGGCCUGUGAAUUGAUGUUUCACCACUACCUCUUAUUUUCAGAACUAGCUGACUAUUCUGAUUACACUUUUGGCUCUUGCUUUCUUUAAAAAUAAGCAAACUUUACUUCAUCCUUUACAAUCAGAAGUCAUAGUGGUAAGGGAAAGAAAAUGUCAUUAAACAGCUGCUUCCCACUUUUUGCAACAACCAUCCAGAUGUUAGUUAGGUCCCCUGUGGUUUGUAAGAUUUGGUAUGCAGUUACUUUGUAUUGCUUUCAAGCCCUCCUCACAGUUUCUUUUGUCUUUAAACCCUGAUACAACCAGGCCAGCAAGAUAUAACUAGGCCUUAUGAUUGUGUAAGUCUUGGUAUGCAAGGUCUCUUGUCCUAUCACUGUUUAGUUUAUGAUAGCCUGCAGCACUGUUUUCUUAUGGGAGUCCCCUCCUCCUUCCAAAAACUUCCACACUCCUACAGUAGAGGAAGCCAGUCAGGGUACACAUAUAAAUAUCCCAAAUUAGGAUUGGUUGAUGCUUUUCUAGAGUGAGGCCAGACAGCCAGACCACCUCCCACGCCUUGUUCUGGAGCUGUUGAGGUCACACCCACCUAAAGGUCCCAGAGUGCCUACCUACCAUUGUUGCGGCAGGGAAGCCAGCAGAAUCCCUAGGAGAAGCAAGAUGAAGUAUUGGUCUAGAGUGGACUGGAAUUUUAAUGGCCCCACACUGUGGGGUGCUGCUGGCUCAUGCCUGUAAAUUCUAGCUACUUGGGAGGCUGAGAUCUUGUUUUGUGGCCAGCCCCUGUAAAUAGUUCCUGAGACUCCCAUCUCCAAAAUAACCAGAGCAAAAUGGACUGGGGGUGUGGUUCAAGCAGUAGAGUGCCUGCUUUGUAAUGGGAAGCCCUGAGCCCCAACUGGCAGUGUUGCUUAGUGCCGCCUCCUUGGCCUCGCUUUGUUAGGUCCCUGCUGUUCCCCUGCAGGCUGAGUCAAGGAGCUCCCUGGUGCAGUGCAGGUGGGGUGGCUCAGUCUAGAGGAGGGAGGGGCUAUACCGGGAGGAGGCCUUGGCUGUUUGACCACCAGUCUCCAGCAAGGCUUUCAUGGCAGGGUUUAGUUCCCAGUCACAAAGCCACUUCCAUUCUCGGUGCCAAAGGGUGGGACCGGGCCAGGCUGUUCCGAGAAAAAGCCUUUCUGGCCUUUUUUCAGGCGGCCGGAAAGAAGCAGCAGCCGCUCGACCGUCUUUCAAACAAGAAGAGGGUCCUGCUGGGAGAAAGUGGCACGGAGAAGCUCCCCAGGUACCACGGGACAUCAGUGUGGGCUUAAGAUGUCCGAAAAGGCCACGAGGGCGCCUACACUGCCUUCCCCGGUACCGUCUCCAUCCGAGGGGGAUCCUGCCCGGCGUGGUGACCGAGAUGCAGAGCAGAGGCCACUGUCACCGCCGGGAGUCCUGCACCUCAUCCGCAAGUACAGUCGCUUGGAGAAGUGCCACAAGAACAUGUCGGUGCACCUGUCCCCUGCUUCAGGGACGUACAGAUCGGCGACAUCAUCAUGGUGAGCAAGACUGCGCUUCAACGAGCUCAAGGUCACCAAGGUCGCGGGCCCCAGAAGCAGUUCCAGAAGUUCAGAGCCUGGAUGGGAGCCUGCUGCUCCCAAAACGAAAUAAGCUUAUUUUCCCACUUAAAAAAGAUAAAUAAAUAAAUUAGUGAAG